GAUGCCGGUGGCCCGCGCGCUGGGACCCGCGGCGAUCCGCACGAGCGAAGGCCACGACCGGCCACCCGUGACCAGCAGCGGCGCCGCUGCGAGGGCCGAACGCCUGGUUCUCCGUGGCAGGAAGCGCGGGUCGGAGCCGUAAUUGCCCGAGCGGCGGCGGGGCGGAGGAGCACGUCCGCCGGCACCUGCUCCCAAGCCGGCUUCCUCCCUGCCCGGUCCGUCGGUCUCCCCAUUCUCCUGGCUCCCCGCACUGCGGCCUCGGAGUCAGCGGGCGGCGGGCUCCGCCUCCGCCUGGGGACAGCCGGACCUCUGGUACCCGCACCUCUGGGGAUCCCCUCCAUCCCAGCCCCCGCGUGAACGCCCCUCUGGGCGUCGUCUUGGGGUUCUCCCCUCGUCCCUAAGGCUGGCAGGAUGGUGUCCUGGAUGAUCUGUCGCCUGGUGGUGCUGGUGUUUGGGAUGCUGUACCCAGCUUAUGCUUCCUACAAGGCUGUGAAGACCAAGAACAUUCGUGAAUAUGUCCGGUGGAUGAUGUACUGGAUCGUCUUUGCACUCUUCAUGGCAGCAGAGAUCUUCACAGACAUCUUCUUCUCCUGGUUUCCUUUCUACUACGAGAUCAAGAUGGCCUUUGUACUGUGGCUGCUCUCACCCUAUACCAGGGGGGCCAGCCUGCUUUACCGCAAGUUUGUCCACCCAUCCCUGUCCCGCCAUGAGAAGGAGAUCGACACAUACAUUGUGCAGGCCAAGGAGCGCAGCUACGAGACAGUGCUGAGCUUUGGGAAGCGGGGCCUCAACAUUGCCGCCUCGGCCGCUGUGCAGGCUGCCACCAAGAGUCAGGGUGCUCUGGCUGGCAGGCUGCGGAGCUUCUCCAUGCAGGACCUGCGCUCCAUCCCCGACACCCCUGCCCCCACCUACCAGGACCCCCUCUACCUGGAGGACCAGGUCCCCCACCGGAGGCCACCCAUCGGGUACCGGGCAGGGGGCCUGCAGGACAGUGACACAGAGGAUGAGUGCUGGUCAGAUACAGAGGCAACCCCCCAGCCACCAGCCCGGCCCCGAGAAAAGCCUCUGAGUCGCAGCCAGAGCCUGCGAGUGGUCAAGAGGAAGCCGCCAGUGCGGGAGGGCACCUCACGCUCCCUGAAGGUUCGGACGAGAAAAAAGACCAUGCCCUUGGACCUGGACAGCUAGAUGCCACAGAGUGUGGCCCAGUCUUACCUCACACUGUAAAGGGCAUGGGGGGCUUUUCGCGGGGGGACCUUUGGCUGCACAUUUG